AUGGUAAAGGAACCAGCGGUUGCCCUCCACUUGACAAAGAUAGGCCCCUCCUGGAUGGACCCCAUCACUGAUUUCCUGAAAAACGGCAAACUCCCCGACGAUGAGAAGGCAGCUAAAGCAUUGAGAAGGGAGGCAGCCAAAUAUGCGGUUAUACAGGGGCAGCUGUUCAAAAAGGGACUCAGCCAGCCCCUACUGAAGUGCCUGCAUCCCGACCAAACGAACUACGUGCUCAGAGAGGUCCAUGAGGGGUGCUGUGGUCACCACAUCGGGGGCAAAGCCCUAGCCAGAAAGCUCAUCCGAGCUAAAUAUUACUGGCCAUCGAUGAUGAUGGACUCCAAAGAAUUCGUAAGGAAAUGCGUCAAGUGCCAAGAGAACGCCAACUUCUACAAAGCAUUGGCAACCGAGUUAAGCCUAUUGACAUCCUCCUGA